GUGAUGGGGAUUUCCAGCUGCUGGCCGGGGCCUCUCACCCCUACCCCCGCGUAAUUCAUCUGCGACGCAACGCCUUGAGCUAAAGCCCAGCACAGGUUCUGCCGCCUCUGACCUCUCCGAGGGUCGUCGCCUGUCCUGUAGGCCCAGGACUUUCAAAGCUACGAUUUUGACGUGAACUACUUAGGGUUAUUGUGGCCUUCAACUCCGUAGACAGCCUGUAUCUCUGCUAUUUUUAUUUUUAAUUUUUCAAAUCAGAAUCCUCUCAACCCUGGCCGUUUGAGGCCAAAGGCUAAUGUUUAUUUUUCCAUCCCGGUACCAUGAACUUAGUAGGUGCCCAUUGGACGGAUCUGGUGGUUUUAGUCAUUUGUAAAUAGCCGUGAACUAAGGAAGAAAUGGAUGUGGCCUUUUACAGGGUUGGGGUGGGAAUCAUUGCAGGGUUUGGGGGCACUCUGUUAGGCAUGAUAACAACAGCUCUAGGCUUGAGUUUCUUCAUCUGUAAAUGAGAAUGAUAGUACUUUCCUCAGGGUGGCUAUGAAGGUUCCUGAAAUGAUGUUUGCCCUAAGCACUGUACCUGGCAUGUCCUGACUACCACACUUGAACCAAAUCUUUUCAAUGGUGUUAUGGACUAUAUUUUUGUUUUAAAUUGCCUUUACCUUUCUUAUUGUGCCUAGAUCUUCCUGAGGAUUGAGACUCUUCUCUUUGCCUUUGGGCCCUUUGAUUAAUGGUAAUUGUCGUGUUAUAGAUAAUCAGUAUUUGAAGAUGACAGGCAUAAAAAGUUCACAGUUGCAAGAUGCGUGACUUUUGUAGGCGUAUGUGCCCAUAACUAAAGCUACUGAUUUGGGGAGUAGGGGUAGAUUAAAUUAUAUUUUUAUUAAAUAAGAGAUAAUCUGGGAAGACGCUGUGUAAGUUGUAAGACUCUAUGCCAAAAAAAGCCUUUAAUUUUUUUCAUAAAACAUUUCAUGAAAACUUUUUUUUAUGUUUUUUAUAAAAGAGACAUCAGUUGACCUAAAAACGAAGUAAAUUUUUUGUUUUGUUAAAUUUCCUCUAACUGUUACUUUUCCCACUAACAAAGAGACUGGUAACAAACUGAAAAACUAUAUUAAGGGAAAUUAACAUAUUGGAACGGGUAUUUCUGCAUCUCCCCUACAAAUUUAGGAAGAAAAAGUGAGUUCCCUAAUUAAUCCUCAAUUUCCCUCUGCUGUUGUUUUGUUAGUGGCUGUGGCUGUUUUGCUGUUUUGUUAGUGGUGGGGGGGGUGUUCUGCAUUAACACCCCGAAACCCCUGUGAUAAUGUCCUAGCCCUUGCAAGCGUCAUGGCCACGUGUGAGUUUUCUCAGCUUCCUCAACCUAAUCUACCUUCCUUACCGUUUGGUAAUGGGUAGCAAGAGAUAAUGCGUAAGAACUCUUUAAAACUACUGAUGUUUUAAAGUAAAGCUGGAUAAUUCCCUGAGCUGGCAGCGUUCAAAUUGUAUGAGGAGCAAAUAUUUUGUUUACUGCCUAAGGUAGUAGGAGAGGUCUAAUCAAAGUAUUCUACAUUUAUUUCAUUCUCUUUUGAUUCUUAGGUAGUGCUACAACAAUAUUAAAUGUUAAUCUUAGAAUCACAAAACAUGCUGUAUUUAGGCACUAAAGUAAAGUGAUGUCAAUCCUAAGGCAGCAGAAAGUCUUAAUUUUCUCCUAUGCAGAAUUUUUAAGACAAUGUCAAAUAAGAAAUCUGGACUUAGGAGAGACUUUAUUCAAAAGGGUUGUUGCAAAAGGAGAAAAGGGACUUUUGCAAUGGGUAGAACCAAAAGAUCUGCAAGAAUCUCCAAGGAGUGAACUGUGCUAGAAAGUUUUGGUGUGAGGAAGUAGGAUAUAAGGAUGGCUUGAUCUAUUAGUAGGUCUGAGAAUGUUAUUCCCUGGCUCUGGCUGAGAGUUGGCCAAAGCUCAGGAACCUGGGGGAAGGAGAGAAACUAAAGUUUGAUUAACAAGUAUUUUGUUCCACUUGAUCUGUAGGGCCAAGCAGAUCAGCAAAUUAUUCAUAAAUUCAUAAUUGAAGCAAAAAAUGAGAAUUUGGAGGGUCUUUCUUUCGCCUGGUCAUAGGUAAACAAGGGGGGGAUCCUUGAGUCUUACCUAACUCAAGGGUGGGAAGAUUUUUUAAAUUUUAGCUAGUAAAGAACCAGCACAGGGCUCAAGCAAAAUUCAGCUUGCCAAAAAGUGUUCUUAUUAUUUGACAUUGAAAAGUAUUGAAAACCUGGAUUUUAUUUAUACCAUGGUGAAUCUUUCUAAGACUGGGGUUUUUGUUAUUGGUUUGCUUGUUAUCCUAUAAGAAGCUGGAUUUUUUUCUUCCAUGAAGAGUACUAGGUUUUAUAUUGACCAAAGUGUUUGGAGCACAUUAAUCUUUUCUUGCGUUAAAAGAUUAUUGAAAUAGGAACUGGUAAGGUGCUAUAACCAGUUUAAAUGACAAUUAAAAGUAGACAUGUUUAUAGAGCAGGAAUAUUGAAAUAAAUGUUCAAGUGAAGGCAAAAUUGGCUGCUUCCACAGUGAGACAGAAGUCCACUGAACCUUCACCAGAUAGAAUUUACAAGAAUACAGACAAUUAUUUUGCAUUGCUGUUGGUUAUCUACAGUUGACAGUUGUGAAAUAGCUCCAAGAUGCUGAAGGAAUCAGACUUCCCAUGUAAUCAGAAUGUGAAAACCUGAAACGCUGUGCUCUCAACAGUGCAGUUUUCUAUUGAAGCAGAUGUUUUUCUCUGUCCUUAGUGUAUCCAAUUUAAAUCUCCUCUCCCCCAAUAAUCUUCCCUAGAGUUAGACUUCCUUUAAGGCAAAUACGUAUCUGUGUUUUUCUUACUCUUUUUUGCUAUCUUCUAUAAAAUAUAGAAGUACAUUUUAUAUUUAAAUUUUUUAAUUGAAUUAUCUGAAGCAGUACAUAGCAAACUGUAAUGUGCUUACAAAUCACUUGCGUAUAUUUCUGAAAUGCACAUCCUGACUCAUUGGGUCUGGAGCUGAUACUGAGAUUCUGUACUUUUACUGAGGUCUCAGGUGAUGCCAGUGCUGAUUCAGGGAGAGUAAAGAGUAAUGCAUUUCCAACUAUAUUAAGGAAGGGGCCAGAUAAAUCAUCGUUAUGGAAGAACAUAGCACUGUACUGUAGGUGAAAGGAACAAUAUGAACUUGCUGGACUGUCAUUUGCAGAAAAUAAAAUAUAAACUGUAGGCCACAUUGCCAGAACACAGACCAAAAUGAGCAAAAACAGUUGCUAGGAAACAGGCCCAAAUGCAGAACUUUAGCUUAUAGGAGGAAGUCAGAAAGAGCUGGAAAUGAGAACAUUGAGGAAUAUAACAGAGGAGGAACAACCAGAGGGUGUAAUUUUUAGAAUGCAAACAGUGACCACUUAUGAUCAGUGUCUGAAAUUUGGUGUUCCUUGAGCUAGCUGGACUUGGACUCUUUGACAGUAUGUGAACAAACUGCCUAAUCGUAGAUCAGAAAGCUAACCUGUGGAAGACUUUAAAACUACCUUGACUCAGGUGUUUUCGUGAAGUUCUGACUUUACAGGGAACACUUCCGUUUGAUUAUUAAAUGUCUGUUGUAAGACUUUGGGUGAUCAGCCCAUGACCUAAACCUCCAGACAAAAUAAAACAGGGAAAAUUUGCUAGAAUCAAGAAUGAUGGAUCCAUGUUCAGUUGGAGUCCAGCUUCGUACUACAAAUGAGUGCCAUAAAACCUACUAUACUCGUCACACAGGUUUUAAGACUUUGCAAGAAUUGUCAUCAAAUGAUAUGCUUUUACUUCAGCUUAGAACUGGAAUGACACUUUCUGGGAACAAUACAAUUUGCUUUCAUCAUGUAAAAAUUUACAUUGACAGAUUUGAGGAUUUACAGAAGUCAUGUUGUGACCCAUUUAACAUACACAAAAAAUUAGCCAAAAAAAAUUUGCACGUAAUUGACUUAGAUGAUGCCACUUUUCUGAGUGCUAAAUUUGGAAGACAGCUUGUACCUGGUUGGAAGCUUUGUCCAAAAUGCACACAGAUAAUCAAUGGAAGUGUGGAUGUUGAUACUGAAGACCGCCAGAAAAGGAAACCUGAGUCAGAUGGAAGAACUGCUAAAGCUUUGAGGUCAUUACAAUUUACAAAUCCAGGAAGGCAAACUGAAUUUGCUCCGGAAACUGGUAAAAGAGAAAAAAGAAGGCUUACAAAAAAUGCAACCGCUGGUUCAGACAGACAAGUGAUACCAGCAAAGAGUAAGGUCUAUGAUAGCCAGGGUCUCCUGAUUUUUAGUGGGAUGGACCUCUGUGACUGUCUCGAUGAAGAUUGCUUAGGAUGUUUCUAUGCUUGUCCUGCCUGUGGUUCUACCAAGUGUGGAGCUGAAUGCCGCUGUGACCGCAAGUGGCUGUAUGAGCAAAUUGAAAUUGAAGGAGGAGAAAUAAUUCAUAAUAAACAUGCUGGAUAAUCUGUGGUACCAAACUAUGGAGCCUUUAAAGGUCUUUAUUUCUAAAAAUCUGUUACUCUAAGAUACAUUUUAAGCUUGAUUAUCAUAUGACAAAGAUUUUAAAACCAUCUCAGUGUGCCCUAAUUUUUCAUCUUGGGUGCUUUAAGAUUCACUAUUUGAUAUAAAUUCAGUUAGGCUAUUUUUCAGUAGUCAGCGUUAAGCCUGUCUGGAUCAAUAUAAACAAGUAGGGUGUAGGCAGUCCUCUAUUUGCAUGUUUCCCAUGGGCACAAAUUUCAGUGACCUAGAUUUAGUUUAAAUACCAGUUUCCUUACUAGGAAGGAAAGAAAACUGGUAAGGAAACUGUUGUUAAAAUCUAGGUUAAAAUUUUAGUUAGCACAGUGUAACUCUUGAGUAAUUACAUGAAGUACAAACCUCUGCUAGCUCUUCAGUCUACAGAUCACUAUGUAAAUAACAGAUAUGCUUCAUGAUUAGUGACCAGUUAUGUUACUUCUUUCAAAUUCUUCCAGUGGUUUGUCCCUGUGCAUCUGUUAUUCAGUUCACUUACAGCAGAGCAUGUAGUUAUGCUGUCCCUUUGUCAUCUACUUGACAUUUUAUAGAAGUGAACACUUGAAAGAACUGGUCAGCAAAGAUGAAAGUGCAGCAAAGCAAUGAAAAAUGAUAACACUGGAAGUGAAAUUUUAAUCAAACAUAAAUGAAUUUUUAGAAGAAGUCACUGACCAUGGGAAUGUUGUUCUUGCUGCUGUGUAUUCAUAGGAGCUUAGUGAAGGCAAACAUCAACACAAAUAAGAAAAGUGGUUGCAAUAAGGACAAAUACGUCCCAGAGGAAGUGAUGGUUAAAAAAAAAACAAACUUUAAAGGAUAUUUAAUGUGAAUAUAGAAAUAUUUCACAACAUUGAAAGCACAAGCAAUAAAAGGGUGGAAGCUGACCCAAACUUACAGGGAGUAUGGCAGUUUGCCAUGAACAUGAAAGAUGCUUACUCAGUAUGGUAGGUUACUUGCCAGAAAAAAAGGCAAGCCCUAUUCAAACUACUUCGUUUUUACAAUGAAAUAAAACACUUUAGUUCUAUUUCUAAUGUUUUAAAUUACAGUGUACUAAAUAUUUUUAAACAUUUUUGCAUUUUUUUUCCUACGUUUAUAACUGAUCUUAAGAGUUUUUAAUAUUUGAGCAGAACCUUAAAGGUCAUGGAACAAUCAUCAUUUUUCCCAUUGAUUAUGAAGAUUGCAGGACCAUUUUUAUGGUCCCACAGUACCAUGUGAAAUGAGGAUCGCUUGUAGCUGGGAACAAUGCUUGCUUCAGGGAAAACUGAUUUUGAUAGAACCGACUAGUUGAGUAUUAAACUGUUUUGGAAAUAAUUUAUGUAUCUACGUGCUGAAAUAUAUUUCUCUUCUCGCCACUUAUUCAAAUAAAAAAUGUUUUAAUACUAUAAA